CCCCACGGUGCGAUCCAUGUGGAAUAAAACUCCAUUAUUUCUCUGCCUCGUAUAAAUGUCAUGUCCCUGCGCUUGCUUAGUGCUCAUAAUAACCUCACUCUGCUCUUUUCUAAACGCCUCUUUCUAGUGCCUACGCCGCUGAUCUCUUCAUUUCCUCCACCUCAGAUUUCCUCCUUCGCCAUGUCUUAUCGCCCUAACUACCAAGGCGGCCGUCGAGGAGGCGGCGGUCCCAACUCCGGACGCGGAGGGGGACGCCGAGGAGGCGGUGGUGGAGGUGGACGCGGAGGACGUGGAGGUGAGCAGCGCUGGUGGGACCCCGUUUGGCGUGCUGAGCGCCUCCGUCAAAAAGCAGCUGAGAUGGAAGUUCUUGAUGAGGGCGAGUGGUGGGAUAAGAUAAAUCAAAUGAAAAAAGGAGAGGAGCAAGAGAUGAUAAUUAGGCGAACUUUCAGCCGAUCUGACCAGCAAAUUCUCUCUGAUAUGACUUACCAAUUAGGUCUUUACUUCCAUGCAUACAACAAAGGGAAGGCUCUUGUGGUUAGUAAAGUUCCUUUGCCAAAUUAUCGGGCAGAUCUUGAUGAACGUCAUGGAUCCACACAGAAUGAGAUUCGAAUGUCUACAGAAACUGAGAGGCGAGUAGGAAAUCUUUUGGAUAGCUCAAGGGACGCAUGGUCUGCUGACGAUUCUGGUGUAGCAUCCAGUGGGGAAGCUACAAAACCAUUGCCUGAUGUCAAAAGAACUGAUUCAGUUUCUACAAUUGGAACAGAUUCUGCCAAGGAAAAAUUCAGUGCUGAACUCAAGCAAAAGCAGGAAAAUUUGAAGGCAAGUGAUAGGGUGAAGGUGAUGCGGUCUUUCCGAGAAAAGCUACCUGCAUUCAAAGUGAAAGCUGAGUUUUUGAAAGCUGUUACUGAAAAUCAGGUUCUAGUGGUUUCAGGAGAAACGGGCUGUGGUAAAACAACACAGCUUCCUCAAUUUAUUUUAGAAGAUGAGAUAUCAUAUCUGCGGGGUGCUGAUUGUAACAUAAUAUGUACUCAGCCGCGUCGUAUAUCUGCCAUAUCAGUUGCAGCUAGAAUAUCCUUGGAAAGGGGCGAGAGUCUUGGUGAAACUGUUGGUUAUCAGAUUCGCCUAGAAUCAAAGCGCUCUCCUCAAACACGACUCUUGUUUUGCACAACUGGAGUGUUACUCAGACAGUUGGUUCAGGACCCUGAUUUAAAUGGUGUGAGCCAUUUGCUAGUGGAUGAAAUUCAUGAAAGAGGCAUGAAUGAGGACUUUCUGUUAAUAAUUUUGCGUGACCUUCUUCCUCGGCGUCCAGACUUGCGUCUUAUUUUGAUGAGUGCUACCAUCAAUGCUGAUUUGUUCUCCAAAUACUUUGGAAAUGCUCCAAUUAUUCACAUACCGGGGUUGACUUUUCCUGUGGCAGAGUUAUUUCUGGAGGAUGUGCUGCAGAAAACUCAUUAUAAUAUCAAAUCCGAGUUUGACAACUUUCAGGGCAAUUCACGAAGAAGAAGGAAAGAGCUGGAUUUGAAGAAAGACAAUUUAACUGCACUGUUUGAGGAUGUUGACAUUGAUUCUCACUAUAAGAAUUACAGCGUAUCUACUAGACAUUCACUUGAAGCAUGGUCAGGUUCACAGAUUGAUUUGGGUCUGAUGGAGGCUGCAAUUGAAUAUAUUUGCCGCCAUGAAGGUGAGGGAGCGAUUCUUGUAUUCCUCACAGGCUGGGAUGACAUUUCUAAGCUUCUUGACAAGAUUAAAGUAAACAGCUUUCUUGGGGAUCUUAGCAAGUUUCUGGUUCUUCCUCUGCAUGGCUCAAUGCCUACCAUUAAUCAGCGUGAAAUAUUUGACCGUCCUCCCCCUAACAAGCGGUAGUGUUUCUGUCUUAUUAGUUUGUUGUUUCUUGAAGGCGUAUGGUGUCCAUUUUCAUUGGCCGCUGGCAUUAUAGCUUUUUCCUUUCUUCUCAAGUGUAUAUUUUAUAGUACUGGACUCUAUAUUGAUUAACAACAGGAAAAAUGACUUUUUGCUGUUAAACUUGACUGCCUUACAAUGAUCUAAUCACAUUACCCUGAAGCAAGGAUUCAUAUUAUGAGGAAGUGGAGGAGAUAUUGGAAUGAUACUUAAACAGAGAUUGGCAUCUAAGAUUCUUCUGCUCUUUAGUUGAAUAAUCACAACUAAUUUUUAUGGACCCUUUGACUUGUAAACCCUUUUAUUUUCCCUAUGUUUACUUAUAUGUCGGGUUU